AUUAAGCUAGCAUAUACCAAAAUAAGGCCAUUAUGGCGUCAGUUUCAGCAGACCUCUUCAUUGGCAAAUUUGUAGCAAUUCUCGACAGUGAAGCAGCCUCCAUAGCGGGUGUUGCUGAUAAAGUUGAUGAGAUUAAGCGGGAGCUGGAAUUCAUGAAAGCCUUCUUAGCGGAUGCUGACGGGCGCAACAAAGCACACACACAAGUAGAGGAGGUGUGGAUCAGAAGCGUUCGAGACCUGGCCAAUGAUGUUAAAAACAUCAUUGAUGAAUUCAUGUAUCACGUGUACGAGCAGCAAAUUGGCGGUCGAUUUGCCCGGUGGAUCCACAAACCCAUUCAGUUUCCAAAGCACCUUUGGUAUAAGCGUAAAAUAGCCAAAAAGUUGCAGAAAAUUGCGAUUGCAAUUAGAGCUAUUCCAGAGAGAAAUCAAAGAUAUGGUGGUGGUGCAGCUGUAGAAGGAAAAAGUACUUCUUCUGAGGAUAUUCUCAGAUGGGUGCAGAAUCAAGCGGAGUCUUCUCUUUAUCAGAAGGAGGAUGAACUUGUCGGGAUUGGAGGCCAUAAGAACAUGUUACUGGGAUGGCUGAGGGAUGAAGCCAAGCACCAAACUGUUGUGUCCGUGGUCGGGAUGGGAGGAUCAGGGAAGACAACUCUAGUUGCAAGGACCUUCACCGACGACGUUGUGAAGAGUCAUUUCGAAUGCUAUGCGUGGAUUACUGUUUCCCAGUCUUAUGUGAUUGAAGACUUACUUAGAAGAUUGAUCAAAGAAUUCCACAAAGCAAAGAAGGAAGCGGUCCCUGCAGACAUGAAUGCCAUGAGUUAUAACGAAUUGCUGGAGAUU